AUGGCCCCGAUCCGCCUACGACAUCCUAAAGGCGUCGCAACUCUCCAAAUCUCUUUGGAGUCGGACAGUUAUACCGUGCAAGGCGCUUAUCACUUGCAGCAAGAGAUCUAUUCUGCCUCCGGCAUUCUCCCAAGUAGACAAAGCCUGAAAUGCGGCUAUCCUCCACGCGUUCUUACUCUCAUUCCCGAGCUCCCAGUCGCGAGCCUGGGUUUGUCAUCUGGAGAGCAGCUCAUCGUGAGCGAACUUGCGGGGGACGGACCCGCUCCUGCUGCCCCUUCAAGUCCGCCAAUUCGCGCGGCGUCGACAAGUAGCAGUCCUUCACCACGGCCGCAAGAUGUUUUAUCUCCGGGGCCAAAGCCGUCAGCUUCGAACGAACCUGACGCAGUUGAGAUAGAAGGGUCUUUCCUGGUACAUCGGGUUGUACCAGACGACAACUCUUGUCUGUUCUCCUCCGUCGCGCUCAUCUUCGAGCAAGACAUGCAGAAAGCCCAGAGAAUGCGCCAACUGGUCGGAGAAGGCAUCCGCGCUGACCCUGCGACAUAUAGCGAAGCGAUUCUCGGCCUUCCCCCGUCGGACUACAUCUCCAAAAUUACCAAGCCAAUAACGUGGGGCGGUGCUAUCGAGCUGGGCAUUCUCGCGAAACACUACAAGACGGAAAUCGCCAGCAUCGAUAUCGAAACGGGGCGUGUCGACCAGUUUACGCCGGAGGGUUUCCCGGAGAACCGCUGCAUCCUGCUGUACUCCGGCAUCCACUAUGAUGCUGCCACCCUUGCGCCGAUGAAAGUCGCCCCGUCUGAAUGGCAUCAGACGGUAUUCCCCACAAGCAACGCGGAGAUCUUGGUUGCAGGCAAGAAAUUGGCUGAUAUUCUUCGGGCAAAGCGCAAGUACACAAACACCUCAACGUUCGAUCUCAAGUGUGAGCAAUGCGGUACUGGUGUCAAGGGAGAGAAGGGAGCGCAAGCACAUGCGAAGGAGACUGGACAUACAAAAUUCGGGGAAUACUGA